AUGAUACAUGAAGCUUAUAUCGAGGACCUGUUACAUCAAACAUUAAAACCAUUCGCUACAGAUUCACAACAAUUGCAAAUACAAUCAGCUAUAUUACUCUCUACCAAGAAUGGAUCCGUAUUAUCAUACUCGACAAAUUUAAAUCUGUUAGAUGAUUCUAAUACUACCAACAAUGAAACAAGUUUGAAAUUGAUGACUUUGUUAUGUAAGGAUAAAUGGGACGAAAAUGAAAAUGAUGAACCUGAACCGCAUUAUAUCUUUAAAUGGGAUUCGUAUGAAACAAGAAUCUACAACUAUGAAAUUGAAAAUCUACAUGCUGCUAUUACAAAAAUUCCAAAUAGUGAUCUUUUAUUAUUAUUAAUAGCAGAUCCAUCAUUCCCUUAUGGUUUAUUAACUUUAAAGAUGAAAUAUUUAUUAAAAUCUUGUAAUUCUUUAAUUAAUUAUAAAUUAAAUUCAAACGAAUAA